CGCAGGGAGGCGGAAGGAGCCGAAGCGCAGUCAGACUGUCGCUCGGCGGCGGUGAGCUCGCAGCGCUGGCGGCCAUGGCGGCCUCGGAUCCCGGCGGUCGCACCUGGCUCCUGUUACCCGAGGUGCCGUCCGCCACCUUCUUCACCGCGAUGCUCUCGCUGAUAGUGUCCGGGCCGCGCCUGUUCCUGCUGCCGCAGCCCGCGGCGCCCUCCGGCCUGUCGCUCAAAUCCGAAGCCCUUCGCGACUGGCAAGUCUACAGGCUGGUGACCUACAUCUUUGUCUAUGAGAACCCCGUCUCCCUGUUCUGUGGGACCCUCCUCAUCUGGCGCUUCGCCGGCCACUUCGAGAGGACCGUGGGCACCGUCCGCCACUGCUUCUUCACCGUCAUCUUCGCCCUCUUCACUGCCAUCAUCUUCCUGUCAUUCGAGGCUGUGACCACCCUGUCGAGGCUGGGCCACGUGGAGGACGCCACCGGCUUCGCCCCCGUGGCCUUCGCCAUGUUGGGGGUCAACUCAGUCCGUUCCCGCAUGCGCAGGGCCAUGGUGCUGGGCAUGGUGGUGCCCACCGUGGUGGUGCCCUGGCUGCUGCUGGGUGUCUCCUGGCUCAUGCCCCAGACUUCCUUCCUCAGUAAUGUCUGCGGCCUGGGCGUUGGGCUGGCGUACGGCAUCUCCUACUGCUACUCCAUCGACAUCCCGGAGAGCGUGGCAGUGAAGCUGGACCAGAAGUUCCCCUUCACCCUGAUGCGAAGGUUUUCCAUGCUUAAGUACAUCUCAGGCUCCUCGGCUGAACGCCGGGCAGCCAACUCCCGGAAGCUGACCCCCGUGCCUGGCUCCUAUCCCACACAGACUGGCCACCCGCACCUGAGUACUGGGGUCCCCGUGGGCCCGCUACAGCUCGCCAGCGCCCAGAAGCUGCCCCCCUGGCCGGCCUGCGUGCCCGGUUACCUGCCCAGCCUGCCCCCUUACCAGCCCGCCGCCGGCCUGUGCUACGUGCAGAACCAUUUUGGCGUCUACCCUGACUCCUCGGGCAUCUACCCUGCUUCCGCGGGGGCCUCCCUAGGAGUACAGCCCCCCGCCCCCCUCAACUGCCCGGGCACCGUAUACUCGGGCACCCUAGCCCCCCCAGGCGCCGUGAGCAUCAAGGAGUGCUCCAGGGUCCUGAUGCCCUGAGGGCAGGGGGAUGAGAGUGAUAUAUUUAUUGAACACCUAUGUGCCACGCUCCCCGUCAAGUCCUCGACACCUCCACCCUGGUUCAGCCCCCCUCAUCCUUCGGGCUCCACCCUCAGCUCCCUGCCAGCCUCCCCAGAGGAGACCCCCCAUGGCCUGGCAUUAUCUCCCGGCCAGUGUGUCGUGCUUGUGGUUGUUCCGUGUCUCACGCCUCAUGUCUGGCCUCUGGGUGCCCCCCACCCUGACCCAUGUGGUGUUUCUCUCCCGCAGUGCCCCCUCCCCACCCCGGCCCAGUGUGAAUCCCAGCAGCACGCUGGGGGCCUGAGCGCCCAUCACCUUUGUAUAAAGACACUGCCUCUAACCUA